UGGUUGCCGAAGCAGUAAGUAACAAUAGGAACUUUAACUGUUGACAUUCCCCAGCCUUUCGCUGUUAUCGAGUUGGAUCGAUUUAUCCAGCCAAGAACUCGAUCACAGACUUAUUAGCCGAGUGGGAUUUUGUUCUUAAUAUCAGAGAGGACAAGCAGGAAUUUUCUUUACGAGCUUUCUUAUCAAAUCUGUUCGGUUCAGCACCUUGUCGCAGACUGGUGAGACGCAGUUUGUUGAUACGCCGGUACGCGUAAGCGCUGGUCUACUUUGCAAAAAGAAACGGAGGUAUAUGAGGAUCAUCGACCCUCUGUUUUCCAUUCCCACGCUCUUCCAGUCACGCAACAAGAUACAACGAUGGCUCCCACGAUCGCGUUGAAGGCAGCAUUCCUCGACAGACGAGCGCUGCAGACAGCGAAGUUGGCCGUCGCGGCAGCAGGACCGGCCAUCGCAAAGCGCUCCCAUGAAAAUCUGGUUCUGCGCCGUGGCCUAACCGUGGAUCAUACCCAGGCGAUCACUCUUGGGAUUAUUGCAGUCUAUGUGGUCGUGAUCGCACUACUCUGGAACUUGCCAUAUAUUCGCUGGUCGCUAUGGCCUUUUAAGAUGCUCGUCAUUGCGUUCCAUGAAUUCGGACAUGCCAUCACAGCCUGCUGCACGGGCGGCAAAGUCGAAUCGGUCUCUCUAGAUCCUCACGAGGGAGGAGUAACGCACAUGCGAGGCGGAAUCAGCGCCAUUACUCUCCCAGCUGGCUAUCUUGGGUCCUCGUUGAUCGGUGCUUUGCUGAUAUUCUGCGGCUUCGACAUCGUCGCCAGCAAAAUCGCCAGCUUUGCCCUGGGUGUCUGUUUUCUCCUGACCCUCUGGUGGGCUCGAAGGGACUGGCUGACCAUUAUCACCAUUACCCUGGCCAUCGGAUUGCUAGUGGCUUUUUGGUUCAUCGAUCAUGCUGAGCCCCUCAGAUUCGUAGUGCUCUUCAUAGGCGUUAUGUCAGCGCUUUACAGUGUCUGGGAUAUUUGUGAUGAUCUCAUCUUACGGUCUGUUCCUAGCUCUGACGCCAGUGUUUUCGCAAAGAGAUACGGUGGCUCUUCUCAAUGCUGGGGCAUUAUCUGGUCAUUCAUAGCUCUCGCAUUUAUGGCUAUUGCCAUCGUUGCUGGGAUCGCUGCAUUCCCUGAAUCCUUCAGCCAGCAAGAGUCCGACUCCGAACACUUUAUCCCGACCCGUUGACGCUUGCAAGGUUAUCCCUGACGAAUUUCUUUUAUUCUGGAGCAUGAUCAUGAUACCCGAACUUGUUCUACCGUUCUUCUUUC